AUGAAGGUAUCAGGAAACCAAACUAAGAUUCAUUACAAGGGUACCAAGACCGAUGAGGACUUCAUUGUCUUUGUAGACUCAGAGGAAGAUCUUAAGAAGUGGAAGGGAGAUAAGAGUACUCCUCUUGCACAAGUCGUUGGGCUUUUCAAGGUCUUCGUCACACACAAGCAUGGAGCUCAAGGAAGUCUCGAUGAAGCUUCAGUAUCUCAAUUAGAGAAUGAGUUUGGAACUAAGGUCGACGACGAGGUUAUCAAGGUUAUACUUGAGAAGGGCGAUGCGCAACACGGGCCUGCGAUGGAAAAGACUGGUCCCAAGAACGAUAGCAUGGGGCCCAUGGCUGCUCACUAG